AACACAGCCAGCAGCAGCAAGCAGCAAGUUCUUGUAGAAAAGUGCAAAGACAAAAGAUUUUUAUAGUUUUGGAUAUUUAAAUUAAAAAACCCCUAUGAUGUUUCACAUUUCCUGAUUCUACAGAAAUAUUUAGUUUAGGAGUCUGCACAUUCCAGGUCCGGAUACCAAAAGCUGCCUCCCUUUGCCUUAUUGACAUUGGAUUUUUUAAUUUUCAUGAGUCUAGGCUGCAAAUAAUCCAAAGAUAGAAUUUAAAAGUACCAACCCACGAUGCAAGUGGCCUGAAUCAAAAACUUCAACUGGAAAUUAUGGCCGGAUCGUUUUCAAAUAUGAACUUGACCAAUCCGAUUAAAGGGCUGGUCAGCAAGAAACGGAACCGUUACAAACAAGACGGAUUCAAUUUGGAUUUAACUUAUAUUACCGACAACAUUAUAGCAAUGGGUUAUCCUGCCUCGAAUAUUGAAAGCGUGUAUAGAAACAACAUUGACGAUGUGGUAAAAUUUCUGGACCAAAAACAUCCGGAUCACUAUAUGGUUUACAAUUUGUGCUCAGAACGAAGCUAUGACAAAUCCAAGUUUAAUAAUAGAGUAAAAGAUUUCCCGUUCGAUGACCACAAUCCUCCAAAAAUUGAGUCAGUCAAGCCUUUUUGUCAGAACGUUAAAGAGUGGCUAGAAAAAGACAGUCAAAAUGUUGCAGUGGUGCAUUGUAAAGCUGGCAAAGGCCGGACUGGUACGAUGAUUUGCUGUUAUUUGUUGCACAGUGGCAAAUGUUCAACUGCAGAUCAAGCCUUAAGUCUUUAUGGUUCAAAAAGGACUCAAGAUACCAAAGGUGUGACUAUACCUAGUCAAGUGCGAUACGUCAGAUAUUAUGAGCAAUUAGUAAACAAUUGUAUACCUUAUAAACCAAACACUUUGUAUAUUAGGGAGUUUGUGUUCGAUCCGGUACCGUCAUUUAUGAGCGGCCCCGCGCACCUUUCCUUCGCAGUGUCCGAAUCGUUUCCGGGCGACAAAAACGACAAGUUGAGUCAAAAGUUCAAAAGCGACGUCUACAAAGUGCCUGUGGACAACCGAAACGGUUUCACAUUGAAGCUGGAUCAGUGUUUUAGAUUAACGGGGGACGUUAAGAUUGAAUUUUACAAUAAAAUAAUGAUGCGGAAAGAGAAACUUUUUCAUUUUUGGUUCAACACGUUUUUUGUGGGACUUUUGGGAGCUGGCGAAGUGAAUGGUUAUGAUAACAGAGAUAUCGAGGACUGCUAUAGUUUAGUUUUUCGUAAAUGCGAGUUGGACAAGUUGAGUAAAAAGGACAAACAGCAUAAAAUUUUUAAUGAGAAUUUUAAGUUAACAAUGAAGGUGCAAAAAUUGUCCAGAUCAGACCACGUCCCAGUGCCUCCUGUCAGUCCUGCCACCUACCAACCAAGGCCGGACACUACACCAAGUGAAAGCUCAGCAGGUUCAUCAGACGAAUCGGACGAGGAUGAUUGGGAUUCGGAUCUGGACCUGUCCGACCCCAGAGGUGUAGGCUACCGCGUCUUGAGCGAGUGUGACCUUGAGAACCACACCACUGCCGAAAUACUGAUGGUGUGACCAGUAAGGAGUUUUGUUGUGUGAUUUUUUUUUUUUUUUUUUGAGUUGAGUCAAGACAAUCAAUAUGAACCCUUUGUAUAUCUUGAAUAAAAAUACACUAAUACUUGUUUUUUGGUUUGACUUUUUGUAUACUAACAAAUCCCUAAAAAAAAAUGGUGGCGGAUCAUAGAAAAAAAAAAGGUAAAAGAUUUGUUUUGUUUUUCCAAAAAAAAAAAAAAUAUCCUAUUCCUCUAUUGUGGAAUAAUUAACUGUAUAAUUUUGCAGGGGAAUCGACUUACCUAUGAUUGUGGGGCUCUACAGUGUGUCUCAAAAGGUGUAAAUAUCGUGUUUUGCAUGUAUGUAUUUUUGUUUGUUUUUUGUAUGUGACAAAGAAAAAAAAAUCAUUUCCUUAUUAAUUCAUUUUUUACGCUUUUUUGCUUAAGGAGAAAUUGUUUUGAAACAAAAUAAUGAAGUACAAAGUUGUUUUUGUUUUAAUUGUUUUUUUUUUGAUCUCAGUUAGAAAUCUUGCCUGAGUGGCUGUUAAGUGUGUAAUAUAUUAAUAUUAAUGUGAAGACACCUAAAUUCAUUGUUUUUUCUUUUGACUAAUUAGAAUACUCAUUUGUUUAUUAAUAAACCAAUUGGGAUUUUUUUAAAUUUUGUAUUUUCAUUAUCCCAAUGUGUGAUUUAUGUACAUUUUGUACAUUGACCAAAUAAUGAGAGACAGAUUUUUAUAAAUAAUUAAUUUCACGAAAUUGUGAUAGCGACACGAUAAUAACUUUUAGUGAAUAUUAAUAUUGACGGUCGUACUUUUGUGAUAGGAUAUAUUUUUUAUAGAAAUUAUAAUAUAGGAUGGUGUUGUAACAGAGAAGAUAUACAUAUUUUUGCAAAAACACCAUCCUAUGUUUUAUACCCUCUUAGAGUUUAUUACUUAUUUUCUAUAGUUACUAAGAAUAAAUUGAUUGUUAGAUAUGCCUUGUGAUACUGUUGGAUCCGCUUAGAAUGCCCUGUUCGCCAUCUAGAGCGGAUCCGAUUUAUAAUUUAACAUAAGUACAAUAGAAGCCAUUGGAAAUACACUACUGUAUUUUGAUCUGAAUGUAAUCCAAUGCAAUAA